AUGGCGCCGGCCCAGAGCAAGGGCGGCAAAGGUCCGCAGAACAGCAAGAUGGCCAAGGCCAUGGCUGCAAAGAGCAAGGCCGCCAAGGCUAAGGUUAAGCACGAAAAGGUGACCCCCAAGAGGAAAGCCAAGGCUGCCAAGGUGGAGCUCGGUGAUGCGGCCGAGAAAGACGAUGAUUUAACGGAGUACGAGGCGGAGGACAUUGCCACCAAGAGAGAGAUAUUGAGCAAGGGCAUCGAUGAAAGCGGCUUGGAGGAAGAUAUGAAGAAGAAUCUGCUGGAAAAGCUGAUAUCCGAAGCCGAAAAGCGGUACGGCUAUGAGAGAUCGACGAAAAUUCACCCCAAGUUCGAGGUGCUCAGCAAGUACUUCUACAUGCACUCGAAAGUACUGCGGUCAGCACAGCAAGCCGGGGCACUGCGUGUGGAAGAUUUACAGGCGAAGAAUACGUCUGAAGAGUAUUUCUUGGCAAUUUGGCUGCCUCACGAAUCCUUGCACUCACUACUCAAAGUGAACACGCCAGAGGCCUUGCUUCAGCAGCAAGCCGAGAUCUUGCCUGACAGGCCUGACCUGGAGAACCACUUGCAUUUUUUGGAGGAUGAGUUGGGCUUGGAUUCUGAAUCCACUCUCCGGUGCGAUGGUGUGCCUUUCAACAGCGACCGAUCCAUGACUUUGGAGACGAUUUCUUUGAACAUCUUUGGCCAGCAGAAUCUUCGCCUGCCUGUUGCGGCCUUUCCAAAAGAAUUUGUAUCCAAAUCGCAAACUUUUGAGGAUGUAUUCGAAAUCAUCCAGUGGUCCUUUAAGCAGCUGGCGACGGGGUACCCUCUCAUUUCCAGCAUGGACUUCUUCAUGCGCCAGAGGCAGCAGAAUAAAUUGGUGUCGAGAUUAUUUUCUUGCCCAGGAUUCAAUACGGCUUGCUGCAAGAUGGACUUUUUACACGCUUGCGACCUCGGAGUAACAUCCGACUGGCUUGGGUCUUUGCUGUUUUACUUGCAGAGUGAGAAGAUCCGAGGCCUGAGCAAACUCAUCCGAUGUGCCAAGCUGUACCAAGACAUCAAGGCAUACUACGACAGAACUGGGGUCCAAGAUCGAUUGCCGAAGCUCCUUCCCACCAUGCUUCGUGAAGAGGAUCGAGGCAAGAUCAAAUCCCCCAAGUUGAAAGCCAAAGCAGGGGAAGCUCGAGCACUCGUCGGUGCUGCCAUGGAAUUGGCUACAAAGUAUUUGUCGCCAGCAAAGCCUGCUGAACAGGCGAUGUUGCAUGGCACAGAAGCUUUGCAGUCCAUAUAUGCCUGUCUCAGCACUGCAGCUUGGGACAAGGAAGUCUUCAGAGUUUCUUCUCAGAAGUUUCUUUUACUCUGGGGCAGCCUCGAGACUUACUUCGAGGUGGACAAGCUCUUCAGGGUUAAACCUAAAGCCCAUCAGCUGUUCGAAUUGGCCAGGGGCGAGGUGAACCCUAGCAAGACCUGGACCUACAGGGAUGAGAGCUAUGGGCAUACCCUAGCAUUUCUGGGCAGACGGCGUGGUGGCAAGUUUUCGAUGAAUGCUGUUUCUUGUCAAGUUCUCAGACGAUUCCUGGCAGCUAAUAAAGUUCCUCGAAUCGAGAUCGGCACGUGA